CCAGUUCCAUUUCGAGAGUAGUGUUGUGAGCAGCAGCAGUUUUCUAUCGGGUCCAGAGUAACGGAGUGGAGUGAUCAUCAGAAUCGAAGAAAAAAUAAGGGUUUCAAGGAACUACAAGCUCUGUCUGGAUUUUCUUGUCGGGAAACUAAACGAAUCCGGGUCGAAAGUUCGGUUGUCGGUCGUCGGUGCUCGCGAGUAUUUCAGCUUCAGGAAUCUCCGAUGAUCGAACGGAGCACGGAGCAGCAGUAGCGCAGGAAAAUGACGACGAGCAGACACUCUUCCUGCUGAAAAACUCAUCAUCAAACGAAUAAAAAAAAAAUAGCUGUGAAAAAAUAAUGAUUUUCAACCUUGAACGGCGCACAUCAUCGUCGUCGGUAUCGUCAUCGUCAUCAUUGCCAUCAGCGGCCGUGGCCGGAAGAUUGGUUCAGUGAGGAAAGUCACGCAAAAAUAAAAUUCCGUGUGCUUUGUGAGUGAUUUUCGGUCGUGGCAUUGUGCGGGGUCUUCCGUCUGUCACGAGUGUGGUGUCCUUUUGUGGUUUGCUGCUGUCACUAUUUUUGUGUGGCUGCAGUGGCAAGGUUCGAUUCUGCUCCCCGCGGUCGGUGGGUUGGAACGGGAAGGUGGAAAAGUUGCAAAUUAUAAUUGACGUUGCUCGGAUGGUGUAAAAAUAAACAUCGGAACGGGCACAACAGUCGGCAGCAGGAGGAGCAAGAGCAGCGGGAGGGAGAUUCUUAUCAGCAUAAGGGCGUGAAUUGAACCGAGAAGAAGCCGAAUAGAAUAAGGCAAGGCAAUGGUUCCGUUCAGCGUAGUUCGAUGAUUGUUAUUGUAGGUUGUGCCAAGGCGAAGAAGUAGAGCAAGAAGAGACAGAUAUCUAGAACGCAGCAGCGAGCGAGCGAGAAGAUAAGUGAUAUCCCGGAAAAGGGAGUUGCCCCCGCUGCUGCCUUCUGGAAGACGGGAAGAAGAACGCCAGAAAAAGCAGUUGAAGAAUAACAUACCACACAUAAGAUAAACAAUGGGAAGCGUUUGGAAGCGGCUGCAGCGUGUCAACAAGCGAGCGGCCAAGUUUUCCUUCACCGUAUCGUACCAUGAGCUGCGGAUGGAAACGACGGCCAAAUGGCGCCCGCACAGCUUGCACGUGGUAUGGACGCGCCGUUCGCGCCGCGUCGUGUCCAGUCCGAUGGCCUGGGAACCGGACCUAGUCAAUCCCGUCUGCAGCACAAUGGCCUGGCCAAUGCCGGAUAAUCACACGAUCGCAGUCACCCUGUUCAAAGACAUCCGGACGCACGAACUGGAGGACAAAGACUGGACCUUCGUACUGGAGGAUGUCUCCCAGAUGGGCAAAAAGCGGUUGCUUGCGUCCGCAACCAUCAACAUGCGCAAAUACGCCAGUAUCGAGUCUACGCAGCAGACCUUCCUGCUGGAGCUGAGGCCCGCUUCCAAGAAGAUCAUGUCCGCACAGCUGGAAGUGACGCUCAGUUGCGUCUUCCUGCGGGAAGGCAAGGCAACCGACGAGGACAUGCAGAGCAUAAUUUCGCUGAUGUCGGUGAACAAUGUGACGGAUAUUGCCCCGCUGGACGAUCUGGAAGAUAUUCCAGAUUUGGAGAACUCGAUAGAGAUUUCCGAUCACGUGCUGGACUUCACACAACAGCUUGAGCAGCUGACUACUAGUUUAAACAGUUCCGAUCUGGCGACGCCUAUGAGUGUUCCAUCCCUUUCGGACGACCAAACCCCGGUGGUCAGUGGUUCAAGGGAUAUGUUCAAAGAAUAUCUCAACGAUCGUGGAUACAUUUCACUCACCAGCGAAGGAGGCAGUAGCAGAGAACCGGACGAACAUGAUUACAACAAACAGAAACCUCCCGAAGCGGAUCAACCGCCAACGGAACUAGGGAGACGGAAGGCGCCCGAACCCAUUCCGGAAACGAUACAGUCAGCAAAAGAACGUCAAAAACUGGAAGACGAACAGCUUGAUCCACUGGAAGCACUGGAAGAGGAAAAGAGUCCCCCGAAAGCGCAUGCGCCGCUUCCACCCCUAGCCCCUAGCAUAGAUAGUGAAGUUACCAAAAAAUCACCCGAAGAACUGCAAAGCAGUCGGGCGGAACUGAAACCACUGAAUCUGAUCAAGAGCUACGAUCAUCAACCGGAGCAGAAGAAACCCACUGUUGCUGCUGUUGUUGCUACUGUUGUCGCUCCACCUCCCGUUGUUGCGCCUCCAACGGUGAAUGUUCCCGUUCCGGAACCGGUGGCUGAACUGAAGAAACCGAUUCUCAGAGACAGCACCCCGGGCCAGGACCUGCUGGAGUGGUGCAAAGAAAUUACCAAGAGCUACAAUGGAGUAAAGGUUACCAAUCUCACCACAAGUUGGCGCAAUGGAAUGGCCUUCUGUGCGAUCAUCCAUAACUUUUAUCCUAGUUUAAUUGAUAUGAGUAAUUUGUCCCCCGGGAAUGUGAUAGAAAACUGCCGGACAGCGUUUGACGCAGCGGAGAAGCUGGGCAUUCCUCGAGUCAUCGAACCACGUGAUAUGAACAUGCUAGCGGUGCCGGACAAGCUGGCCGUGAUGACCUAUCUGUAUCAGCUGCGGGCGCACUUUACCGGCCAUCAGCUGGAGGUGCACACGAUAGAUUCGGGCAUUCCAUGUCAGGCUUGCUACCUAGCGGCCGAACAAGCCAUGUGCAUUUAUUCCCAAAAGAAAAAGUUACUACGCGGUGAAACGUCGGACGACUCCAGCUACGUGAUCGGCAACUACAAGUCGGACAAGCUGACCAAAGACUUGCUGAAUCUGAACGACAUGAUCACCCCGAAGGACGACGAUCCGCUGAAGCGAGAAGCCAGCAAAGCGCAACUGCUGGCCAACUCGAAAGCCCUGCUGGGAAAGGUGCUUUCGCCUACCAAAGAAAAGUUCCCCUCGGCGGCCUUCGGUACGCCAGCCGCCGCCAUCGAUGGCAACGGACCGAUGCCGAAUGGUACGUUCCCGGUGGAUGGUCACACUACCACCGGUGGUGGUGAUAGUGAUGAAAUUGGUGGUGGCGGUGGUGGAGGGAAUAAUAAUAGUAAUAGUGCAAUCAAUAACAAUAGUAUCAAUAAUAAUACAGCGGAAUUGAACGGAACCGUUCCGGACGAGGUGGAAGGCGGAGUUAGUGAAAGUACGACCAGGAGCGAGCAGGACGGUGACCUGACGGAGGUGCCCGCGUUGGACACGGCGAUGACGAAUAAAAUUCUUAUGCGGCAUAAGGAAAUGAGUGAGAAAGCUAAAUUUAUGAUUGAAAAGCUUAGAACGACUAGUGUAGAUAAGGGUGGUGACAUUGAUGCUAAUGAACGCCAAACGCGGUUACGGGAGCAGGCGCGGAAGCUGAUCGCCGAGACGAAAGCGAAAUCACUGAAUCUGGAUUCGCCGUCGUCGCCGACGAAAAUAAAUACACCGCAUAAGAUCAACUUCUCGCCCGAGCGUACCAUCUCGCCGAUCAACAACGUGCCGGAGUUUAUCUUCCCGACCGUUGGAAUGCUCAGCAGCCGGAAUAGUAAAGACUCGCCGAUUCGCUUCGGUGGCGGCGGGGAAGCCCGAACCAUGGACGGAAGCGAUUCGAACCGUAAUCACCUGCUGCGGCGGACAACACCCUCGCCGAACAAGCUGUCACCUUCGUUGCUUGAACUGAUUGCGCCCAAGAACGAGGGACGGGUGGAAAAAGUGAACUACAUCCAAAGUGAACUGAACAAACUGGAACGGGAGCAGGAAGCUAUCGAUCAGAAGGCCAAUGCCCUGGAGAAGAAAUUACGAGCUGUGAUGGGAGGCACAAUGACCAACGUGAACGAAACCGAAGAUCAACUAAUGUCCCAGUGGUUCACCCUGGUGAACAAGAAGAAUGCUCUCCUGAGGCGGCAGAUGCAGCUCAAUCUACUCGAACAAGAGAACGAUCUUGAGAAGAAGUACGACAUGCUGAAUCUGGAACUGCGGGCGGCCCUCUCGAUCGAAGACUGGCGCAAAACGGAGGAACAGCGCGAGAAGGAAGCCCUGCUGCUGGCCGAACUGGUGGCCAUAGUCGACAAGCGCAACGAGCUGGUGCAAAAUCUGCACAGUCAGGAGCAGGCCAUUGAAGACGACGACGAAAUCGAGCGCAAACUCGAAACCGUCGAUAUCAACCACAAGGAUGAAAAGUGUGUCAUUCAGUAGAGGGCGGCUGUUAGUUUUUGCAAAUCUUGCUACUGGGAAAUUUUUCGAAUACUCAAAAUACGCGGGUUAUGAAGUGGAUUCAGAUUUGAGAGAAUCUGCAGACAUCCGUGCAUCACGCUGUGUAGAUAGCUUUUCCACAUCUAUUUCUCGCCGUUCCAAGGAACUUCUACCCAAGUACAGGAAUUUCCAUCCGUACUACAAAUCUAGCGUAACAAUUUUUCGGAAAAUCAUUCUUAUCGAAACCAGUGAUCAUUAAUAUAAAAAUAAAUAAAUAAAAAAAUACAAAAGAAAGAAAGCAAAUUCAAAAAAAGAGGACACAAAUGUACAAUCGUCAUUUACCAUAAGAAACGUCAUCACUGGCAAAGUCCGUUGAAAACUAUUUACAUUUGCAUCAUAAGCAGUUGAGAUUUAUCGGUUCAAUCAGUGUCAGUUGUCUUCAGUACCAAUUCCGUCCGGGAGAUUUAAUUUCAUCGAGCUUCGCGAAGCUCGAUGCGUUGUGUAUCGAUCAUGGUUGGUGAAACGUACCUUUACCUUAACCUAUUCUCUCCUUAAAUAUUGAAUGAAGGAAAUAUUUCACUUGCAAGUGAUUUCAUUAAGCUUAGGUUUCGCGCCACGCGCGGUGUCACGGUUGUACAUAUCGGUUAAUUUUAGAACAUGUUUUUACCAAACAAUGGAAAUCAUUCAAGCUCCCUCUAAACAGUCACUGAUGGGCUGCUUAAGAGCUCAUGUUUUUCGUUAGGUUCACGGUGUGCAAAUAUUUUACUCGUUUUUAAUUAUUUUGAGUGACCGCGAUCGGAGCUCGGAAAUCGCAAGGGCGAAGACAAAUUACACCCCUGAUGAGGUGAUGAUUACAAUAAUAAUGCUAGGAAACUUUUACGUGAUAUGAUUGUGGAAAAAGUCCCAAAAACAUAACCUUUAUUUUUGUAAGCUUUUUAAGUACGCCGUCGGGAAAUAAAAUGUAGACUUUCUCUACUAGGUAUCUGAUAUGAAGUAGAUUUUUCGCUAAUUCCAAUUCGAAUAUGUAGCACAGGAACAGGAUUUUCACAGGAACUUUGAAAGGUUUCCACACAUCAAAUAUCUAUUUUGAAGCCAUGUUGUAGUAGUGCGACGGCGACCGCAAUAGCAGACCGGAAAGAAGAAAGGGAUAGAGAGAACAAGAGAAUUAAAACAAAAUAUGAUAUUCUAGUCAUUCGAGUAGUGGUAGUUGUGUAGGCUAAAAGGGAAAACACUAAUUUAAUAUGAUAUGUAUAAUGAUAGUAUUAUUAAUUUAACCGUGCUCUAUAUAUACACAAAACACAGAAACAUUACUUACUUACUGCUAGACGAACAAACGAAGAUGACCCGGCUAACCAAAACAGAAUAAAACGGUGUAUAAUGGAAACAGAGAGCUCUAAUAUAUUUAUAUGUAGUAGUAA